UCCGACGCGGUGCCCGGAAGCGUCCGUGCGGGCGGCGCAGCCGGUGCACAAAAGUUCCGGGACGCUUUUAGUUCCGCGGGGGGGGUUCCUCCGUCCGAGCCGCGGCCGCCGCCGCCUCGCCGGGUGCCGCCAUGAUCCCGAUCUCGGUGGUGGUGUGCGUGCUGGGCGGCUGGUGCGCCAUCUACCUGGCGGACACGAUGCUCAAGUCAUCCAGCUCUUUGAAGGCAUCUUAUGAAGACUGGUUGCUGACAUAUGGCUUGAGCAUCUCUCCUUUUCACAUGCGAUGGCAAACGGCUCUCUUCAACCGCCAGUUCUACAACUGGGGGAGAUGGAAACCCAGAUUUCUCUAUUUAUGGUUCAGCAUGGGAAUGGUGUUUGGUAUAGUUGCCAUGUUUGGCUCUGUUAUUCUUCUUGGAAAGACACUGAUGCAGACGCUGACACAGAUGCUAACUGAGGCACCAAAAGCCCUGAAUGAUCGUAUGCUGCAAGUUGUGGUGCCUGGUGUAAAUUUGCCUGUCAGCCAGCUGACCUAUUUCUUCUCUGCAAUCCUCAUCAGUGGUGUGAUACAUGAAGUCGGCCAUGGGGUGGCAGCUAUUCGAGAACAAGUACGAUUUAAUGGAUUUGGGAUUUUUAUCUUCAUUGUCUAUCCUGGAGCAUUUGUUGACCUCUUCACAACCCACUUGCAGCUGAUAUCACCAGUCCAGCAAUUAAGGAUAUUUUGUGCAGGAGUGUGGCAUAAUUUUGUUCUUGGUGUUGCAAGUUUCAUGGUUUUGUUUCUGCUGCCAGCUAUUCUUUUCCCUUUCUAUUACACGGGUGUUGGGGCACUUGUCACUGAGGUAACAGAGGAUUCUCCUGCCAAUGGACCAAGAGGUCUCUUUGUGGGGGAUAUUGUCACUAGUCUACAAGACUGCCCAAUCUAUACUGUAGAAGACUGGAAUUCGUGUCUGGGAGAUAUUUCACAGAAGUCACAGAUCGGCUACUGUAUAAAUACAGCCACCCUACAACAAUUAAGCUUUCCAGCUAGAGUCUAUAGAAGACUCGAUGGCACAGUUGAAUGUUGUGGUAACAACAGCCUCACAGACAUUUGCUUUUCAUACAGCAAUAGCUUGGAUAGCCAUCUGUAUGCCUGUCUACCAGCACGAAAAGUUAUUGAGGCCAGCAAAGUUUGUCGAACCAACAUGGACUGCCAGAAGGACUUUGUUCCAAGCUUUUGUGUGACUCCUUCUUUAGAAAAUCAAACAAGGUUAAUCAGGGUAAAACAUCCACCCCAUAUUGACAUGCUGUUUGUAGGACACCCUAUGCACCUACAGUACACAGUAAGUCUCAGCAGUUUUGUACCACGACAUAACUUUCUAAGCAUCGAUCUGCCUGUGGUGAUGGAGACAUUUUGCAAAUACCUAAUAUCACUGUCAGGAGCAUUGGCAGUUAUCAAUGCUGUACCCUGCUUUGCUUUGGAUGGUCAAUGGAUAUUAAAUUCUUUCCUAGAAGCCACUCUGAGCUCCUUGAUUGUAGAAAAACAAAACAGAGAGCUUGUUGGCUUUUUAAUUUUGCUUGCUGGUAGUACGCUUUUGGCUGCCAAUGUUGCACUGGGACUUUGGAUGGUGACAGCACGAUAGAGCAUUAGUUAUCCAUCAUUCUCACAGUACAUGGAGAGAAUUAAUCCAUUGCCUUUUAAAACUUGUUUGGUACAGAGAUUGAAAUAAUUCCCUUAAAAUGACACUGAAAGAAAAUCACGGGUGGCUGCUGUUGUAACUUCAAUCUGUACAACGUUGUGUCUGUCGUCAUGGGAAGACUAAGAAAAAGCAGUAUGAAUCUUGUCGUGUACUCUUUAAGCACUGUCCUAAUUUUAGAGAAGUUGCAUUGUAAAGCUUCACAGGUAGAAGCCUGAUUUAUUAACUUAAAUCUCAGAAUAAGGGAAUUAUUUGGCCUCAAACAUUUGUAAAGUUGCAGGAAAAAUACACUUAGGUUUUAUUUUAUAAUCUGAACAAUUAAAAAAAUCUGUGUGGACUCUGAUCAUUUUUCAGUCAGCAUAAUCUUCAGUGUCUUUGUUCUGUAUUUUGAUCUGGUGUUGUAGCAAACUGGACUCUAAGAAGCCCUUAAGUCUCAUCUCAAAAUGGUGUAAAGCUAAGCAAAUGAUUACCAUGUGUUAUUGAGGAGAGAGAGGCCAUAUGGGUUAGUAUCUUUCCUUUUCAACUGGCCAAAUGACUGGAAGCAUCCUCAGGAUGUAAAUUGGAAGUGCCAAUGUCUGUUGAGAGUGAGGUAUGUGGGAGGAUAAAGCCCACGUUUCUUACAUAUUUGCUUGUAUAUUACCACACACAGCUGAAGAUAUUUUCAAUAUUGCAAGUUUCAAUAUUUCAAUAUUGAAAUAUUUUAAGUCAAUUUUUCUCAGCAAUAGCGAGACAAUAAAAUUUAGUUUCUGAGUGCUGAAAAAUGCUGUGCACAAUUAUGGCUAAAUGGUAAAUAAUGUUCAUGCACUCAAAAAAUAAUACUGUAUUAUACCUGUUAACAGUUAAAAGUGAAGCCUGUUCUUACAGUGUCCGUCUUCUGACUCUGUGCAUGCAAUAUGCCUAGUAACUCACUGACAUGUCUCUGUCUUUCGAAGGUUUGUUUUCAUUAUAAUUCAUAAUAAUAACAAGUUCACAGAAGAUUUUUUAGUUUAUAGAAGAUUCAUUAUAAUUGAAGAAGUUUAGUUGAAGCUGGUCUUGUAUCAGAAUUGUUUAGAGGAAGAAUAUGAUUGUGAAUCUAACUAUUUUAACGUUUGGUUUUGCUUUCUGAACUUAAUAUGGACCUUGUACUUGUUUUUAAAAGAACAAUGGAAGAAUGACCAGUGUUUUGCUGGCUGAAGUAUGUCUGACUUAGUCUGAGACCCUUUAAGUUUAAUAGUCUCAAUAGGAUUAUACACU